AUGGAUGGAUGUUUUAGCAAUCCGACAUGUACUGGUACCUCUGUAAUUGCAAUCCAAUACAAUAAAGGUGUUGUCGUAAUGACCGAUCGUGUGGUUUCGUACGGAAAAACUGCUAGGUACAAGAACGUCUCUCGUCAAUAUAAGGUAAACAACAACAUAAUAAUCGCAUUUGGUGGAGACCAUGCUGAUUUUCAGUGGCUACAGAACGUUAUUGAAAGACAGGUCCUUGAAUGGAAAAUGAUCGGCCAAGAUCUUUCACCUAAAGCUCUUCAUGGAUAUUUAACAAGUUUAAUGUACGCUCGCCGAACACGCAUGAAUCCUCUUUGGAAUACUUUGGUUGUAGCUGGUGUAGAAGAUGAGGAGAAGAAUAACAAGGAUACCACUACUCCCUUUGUUGGUGUAAUUACACAGAAGGGGGUUGCAUAUCAGACAAAGCACGUUGCGACAGGAAUUGCAGCCAUGCUCCUCAAUCAGGUUGUUGAGGACGAGGGAAGAAAAAAGGGUGAUAAAUUGACACGAGCGGAAGCCGAGUCCAUCAUGCGCAAGGCACUGGAGCUCACCCUUUAUCAUGAUUGUUGCGCUGAUAAUGAUUUUGAGUUGGGAGUGGUUGAUGCCGAUGAUGGAGUAAUCCUAGGAAAACAGGAAACAAUCAUUGGAGAGUGGAGUAUUGCCGAGACAAAUUGCCAAUACGAAUGA